GAAUGAUUGUUUUCAUAAUCCCACUGUUAUUUAUUGUAUAAAGUUAAACAACAAAUACAACAACAACUACAACAUCAACGACAACAAUAAGCUAUGCAAAUUAAGGAUCUGAUUGGAGUUCAGGAGUUUGUUAAAGUAAUUCUAUAAAUUAUAUUUUUAGGCAGUACUUCUCAAAGUCCAAUUAAUUUAGAAGUAUCAUCAGGAACAUGUGAUAAUUCCAUGGUUCUUGAUAUUUAAUUCAAGAAGGAGGCAAUGCAAAUAGUUAUGGAAAGAGUGCAACAUACAAUACAAUCUAAUGCGUCGAUUUCAAAUUUAUAUGCCACAGACAUUAAUGGAAAUCUUUAUGGUAAAUUGGUGAAAUAAAUAAGGAUACACUGCUACAUAAUUCAUGUUUCAUGGACCUUCUGAACAUACUAUUGAAGGCACUCGAUAUGAUUUAGAAAUGCAAAUUGUUCAUGAAUUAAAAGUAAUACUUUAUAUUUAUAUAUUUUAAUUUUUAGUCUGAGUUUAGUGCCACCAUAACUAAAGCUAUAGUUUCAAUAUUAUUUGAGGUUUCAAGCACAGAUUAGCCAUUCUUUACCGCAUAUGACUUUUCUUUAGUGGCUGCUCCAACCACAUCUAAUUCAACAACAAAUUAAACGAAUUAAACUAACACAACAACUGCUGCAUCUGUGACUUCUACUAUAGCUUCAAUCAAUUUUAAUGAUCUCCUAGGAUCAUAAUUAGAUGCUAACCCAGCUUAUUACACUUAUAUUGGAUCCUUAACUAUUCCAGGUUUGAGUCUCAUCUAAUAUAUUAUUAGAUUGUGAUGACAAUGUUAAUUGGUAUAUUUUGGAUUCCGUAUUGCCAAUCAAUUAAACUCAACUAGAUGCUUUUAAUACUUAUUUCUUAAGCAAUUCAACUUUUGCAACUGGAAAGGGUAAUAAUAGAGCAAUUCAGUUAACAAACGAUAGAAUCAUUAAAAAAGGAGGAGUAGCAUGUGAAGAGUAGUUUGUCUACUUUUUCUCCUUCUUUAUCCUUUAUAUUUUUAUUAAUUAUUUCAUAUUCAAAUUGUUAUGA